GAAUUGCACAACACUAGUUGGAAAUUCCACAUGUUUCAAUAAUAUGGUUUGUGUUUCUGAUAUUUGCGAUUGUGAGAUUCCUGCCAUGCAGUAUCACGAUCCUUAUGAUAAAAGUUGUAAAGCAAUAAGUACAUACAAUGAGAAUUGCUCAACGCUAGUUGGAGAUGCCACAUGCUACAAUAAUAUGGUUUGUGUUUCUGGAAAUUGCGAUUGUGAGAUUCCUACCAUGCAGUAUCACGAUCCUUAUGAUAAAAGUUGUAAAGCAAUGAGAACAUACAACGAGACUUGCUCUACACUAAUUGGAAAUUCCACAUGUUACAAUAAUAUGGUUUGUGUUUCUGAUAUUUGUGAUUGUGAGGUUCCCGCCAUGCAGUAUCACGAUCCUUAUGAUAAAAGUUGUAAAGCAAAUGUAGUUCUGUAUCGACUGUAUCUAAAAAUGGCUACUCCAGAAACAUCUGUCAAAGAAGUGAAAAACUCAUUGAAAAUACCAGAAUUAUAG